AUGUCGAUUACACACCUGAGGUUGGUAAGAACUGAGGGACAAUGCCCCCCUCGCAGGGCCCAUCAGCGAAGCAACUGCUACUUAAUCGGGCGGUUUGCUUUCGUGCAAGGCCCCCGCUGCUGGAACAGGCGGUUGUCAUUUUCAAGUAAACGCCCCACCCCAGAAGGACGCCCUCGCUCUAUUGGCAAAACGCUUCGAAAGAAGAACGUAUCGCCAAGGCCCCGACCGGCCGGCCCGCCCCCUUUCUUUGCCCGCCGGCCGCCUAGCUCGUUAUUCUUUGAGAUCUGGAUAGAGUCUCGCUUCGGGGCGGGGGAAGCAUGGAUUCGAUAG